AUGCCUUCCUCAAAGUUUCAGCAUCAAGAAGAGGAUUCCGAGUUUGUUCAACUUCCCUAUGAAUAUGAGCACAAUCAUUGGAAUUUCAUUCAAUCCACCCUCACUCCCUUGUUGAAUACCCAUUCCGUAACCAAAAUGUUGGUUCUUCAAAUCAUCGGAACCAUCAUAGCCAAUAAGAACAACAAGAUCAACACGAAGGCAAUUGAUCAAUUUCCAAAUUUGCUGUGUUUGGACCAUGCUUUGGAUUUAUUUGAAGAACAAUAUUAUCCAGAUGAUUAUCAGACUGAGAAGAGUUUUGUGCAAACGGUAAUGCCAUUUGUUGCGAGUCUUGUAUUGAAUACAGAACAGUUUGUGCCUUCAAAAUCGCUCAAGUACUUGAAGAGAGGACAGACAGAUACAGUGGAGGUUUCAAAAGCUGGAGCUGCUUGUCUAUUGGCCAAUUCAUUCUUUUGUACUUGGAAUAGAAGAUCUGAUGAAGCUCUUUGGGAUAUUUUUCCUUCCAUUAAUUAUGAUGAAAUGUUUUGUGAACAUCCGAAUUAUAGACCAAAAUUAGCCAAAUGUCUCAUGUUGUUGAAUUAUUUCGCCAGAAUUCAUGAAAGUUUUGAUUCCAUUCAGAAAAAUCCAAAUUUAAAGAUCAAAUUCACAAGAACCUGUCUCGACGCUAGCACUCUUCCUGAUUUUUCACAUAGUAACUUGCCAUUGACAGCGAUUGAAGUACAUUGUGAAGGAUCCAUUUCUGACUCUCCAGAUGCUCUUCAAAUGGAUUUCGCAAACAAAUUUAUUGGAGGAGCAUCCAUUUCGUAUGGAUGUGUUCAAGAAGAAAUUGAAUUUUCAUUGUGUCCAGAAAUGAAUGUGGUACGUUUGAUUUGUCAGGUCAUGCUUGAUAAUGAGUCCAUUCUCAUUACUGGAGCUGAACAAUUCUCGCUGCAUAAGGGAUAUGCAUAUACGCUCGAUUAUGGUGGAAAUUAUAUUGACACAAAUAAGGACUCUGUUGGAAAUAGUCUGAAAGAAACAAGUGCAAUCGAUGCACUCAUUUUCAAUCGUACCACAGCGCUCUCUCAAUGGCAAAAAUCCAAGAUCGACCGUGAAAUUAUUAAAGCUUACGUAGGUUUCAGCCAUUCAAGUAAGCAAAAGAUUUCGACAGGAUGUGGAGCUUUCAUGGGAGACAAAGAACUGAAGAGUCUCAUUCAAUACGUUGCAGCUUCUCAAGCAAGAAAAGAUCUUAUUUACUACACCUUCAAAACACCAGCUCUUGAUGAUCAUUUGGCAAAAUUGGUUAAUUCCAUGCGAAAUAAGGGAGUGACUGUUGGUCAAUUGUACCAAGCACUCGUGAAUGUCAUAUCCACUGUGGGUUCACCAGUGAGCACCAUUGAAACUUUUAAGACUGUGAAAAAUCUUUUACAUUUGUAA